AAUGGGCAUUGGCAUGGGAGGCGGGACAUGUAGCACUGGAUUGUCCGGACCGAGAGAGAGAGAGGGAGAGACGGCAGCAGAUCGCGAUCUCUUAAUGGCAGUGCCUGUUUGGUGACGCACCAGCUUUUCCAUGUCAUUUCUGAGGUGGGUGUCUGAAAAGCUGAGCGUGGAGAGCCUGCAGGAUGUGGGACUGUUUGGUGAGCGGCCUCAGGCGGAAUAUCACAAAAAGCCAGAUGAACACCCAUCGGAAAAUAUUACAUCUCCCCAGAACUGGGAUACCGUGAGCAACUUCCCAGCAGACAGUAGUUCCUAUGAGCUGCUGACUGCAAUAGGUAAAGGAUUUAAUGACAUUAUGACUGUGACCUUGGGGAGGUACAAGCGGACUGGCCAGCAGGUGGCUGUUCGAAGAAUUAACUUGGACUACUGCACCAAUGAGAUGUUUGCUUUAUUACAGAGUGAACUCCACGUAUCAAAGCUAUUUCAUCAUCCUAACAUAUUGCCAUACAAAGCCACCUUGAUAGCCAACAAUGAAGUUUGGGUAGUGACUCCGUUCAUGGCCUACGGUUCUGCUAAAGAUCUGAUGAACACCCAUUUCACAGACGGUCUGAAUGAGCCGACGAUUGCAUACAUCCUGCAGGGGGUGCUAAAGGCCUUGGUUUAUAUUCAUAGAAUGGGAUAUGUACACAGGAGUGUUCAAGCAAGUCACAUUCUAAUAUCAUCAGAUGGACAGGUCUAUUUAUCCGGACUCCGCAGUAUUUUCAGUAUGAUCAGCCAUGGCCAGCGGCUACGGGUGAUCCAUGACUUCCCAAAAUACAGUGUUAAAAUAUUACCAUGGCUGAGCCCUGAGCUGCUGCAGCAAAAUCUGCAGGGUUAUGAUGCCAAAUCUGAUAUAUACAGCCUGGGAAUAACGGCCUGCGAGCUGGCUAAUGGGCAUGUUCCUUUCAAAAAUAUGCCUGCAACUCAGAUGUUGCUGGAGAAGUUGAAUGGGACAGUGCCCUGUCUACUGGACACCACUACUAUCCCUGCAGAGGAGCUGUUGAUGACAAACUCCCAGUCAGCGGUGGAUUCGGGUAUCGUAGAGAGUUCUGCUGCUUGUGGAACACGAACAACAAAUGGGGAACAGGUGCAGCAUCCAUACAACAGGACCUUCUCUGGGCUCUUCCACAAUUUUGUAGAGUUGUGCUUACAGCGGGAGCCUGAGCAGAGACCCUCAGCCAGUGCAUUACUCAACCAUUCGUUUGUGAAGCAGCUGAAACGUCGAGUGGUGGAGGUGCUUCCUGACCUGCUCCGACCUGUAACCCCUAUGACAGACCUGGAAGGAACUCACCCACAUGAGUUGCGAGGGAUGGCUGGACUGGCAUCCAGCCUGGAGCAGCUGGACGUGGAGGACUGGGACUUCUGAAAGUGGAGCCCAUGCACGUGCAGUGACUGCAUGACGCUGAUGGUCUUUAUUUGUAAUUUUUUUUUACAUAAAAAGCCAACUUCAUUAACUUACAAUUGUUAGCUGGGAUCCAGCGACCUGUGGUACUGAUGGAAGCUGAAUAAUGUGUGUGCCCAUCGAACCAGCUCAGGUGGACCAGGGACCACCGCCUGAACAUUGUUACUCAACUUGAACUCGAGAUUUCAGAUCAAAACCUUUACCCUUUUACAGUAACUGUACCAGCAGCUAGUGAAUAGUGAGUGCAGAGGCAGUGUACUCACACCCCUCAUGAGUAAUGAGGUAUUGCCCUCACCCCCUCACACUCCUCAUGAGUACAGAGACAGUGUCUUCACACUUCACCGCUUGAGGAUACAGAGGCAUUGUACUCAAACCCCCUCGUGUCACAAUGGAGGCGUGCAAUGUACCCUGAUAAUGUUUUAUUACCUUCUUACAUAAAAUCCCUUUAUACCUGAAUUGUUAUUUAUUCAGAAUCAAUAUUAAAGUUGCAUUUGGGUAUACAUGUGCGGAAUCCUUGUAUACUGGACAAGUCCCAGAUGCAACAGUUUUUAAUUUGGAUUCUCUCCCAUGCAGGAGCCUGGUCCUGAAUUUGUCAAGUCCAUUGGGUUGAUUUUUUUUUUAAUCUCUCAGCUUUAGAGAAACAUAGUGGGGGUGCAUUUUCCAGUCGGUGCUGCCUCUGAGUCAAAUGCAGGUAAAUAGCAGGAGUCAGCAGAACAUGUGUUGGGCUCAACUGUGGGAUCCAUGGCUCCACAUACUGUUGAGUUGGCUUCAGUAUGGAUCCCAUCAGAGCUAGAACAGGAGCAAUUUUCAGAUAUACCGGAUCUCUUCUUGAAGGACCUGGUCUCAACUGGCCAGCUGAGAGAUGCCCCAGGCCAGGAUUCUCCAGUGGAUCUGAGUUGGCUCAAACCCUGCAUGAGCAACUCACCAGAUAGUCACAAUCCCUUGGAAUCACAGAAGCUCUCAGCUGUCUGAUAUCCCUUUUUUGGAAAAGUAGGAUCCCUAACUCCUCCAGGAUUGUCCUGGAGUCUCAGAAUUUUAGAUUUAAUCUCCUGAACAGUGCUGUCAGCAAACCAGGAGAAAAAUAAUGUGGCAAUAAAAGUGUGUUUUUUCA